GAGAGAGAGGCAGAGAGGGAUCCUCCAUCCUUCCUGGUGGGAGGUUUGAGAUGAGCUGCGCAGAGCGGUCCAAACCGACGCAUCUUCCUGGCCUGUCCCCCCUCCUCCUCCUCCUCCUCCCUUUCUGUCGGUCUCUCUCUUUUUCCUCCUUUCCUGUCUGACACUAGUCCACCUGAAGGGGAAGUGCACAAAGCCGAUAAGGAAAUCCGACGCGUCCACCGAGGUCCGUCCGUCCGCGGCAUGUUGCGGUAAAAGGCCCGCUAAAAGGGGAUGUAGAGAAGGGGUCCGAGGCACCGCGCCGUGUCUGCUCUGCUCUGCCCAGCCCGCUGCAUCGCUGAGCGGCCUGCGAGCCUCACAAGAUGUCGACCAGAACGCCAUUGCCCACUGUGAACGAGCGUGACACCGAGAAUCACUCAUCGGUGGACGGCUUUGUUGAGCCUCCAGCUCCCCCAACAAAGUCUGCGAGUCGUCACAGCCUGCCACGAUGUCGCAACUCUUUCACCUCCACAGACGAGCAGCCUCAUAUCGGCAACUACCGCCUCCUGAAGACCAUAGGAAAGGGGAACUUUGCCAAAGUGAAGCUAGCAAGGCACAUUCUGACUGGGAGAGAGGUAGCGGUGAAAAUUAUAGACAAAACCCAGCUGAAUCCGACCAGUCUACAGAAGCUUUUCAGGGAAGUCAGAAUAAUGAAGCUACUGAAUCAUCCUAAUAUAGUAAAAUUGUUUGAGGUGAUUGAAACAGAAAAGACACUUUAUUUGGUGAUGGAGUAUGCCAGUGGAGGAGAGGUAUUUGACUACCUGGUGGCUCAUGGCAGGAUGAAGGAGAAGGAGGCCAGGGCCAAGUUUAGGCAGAUUGUGUCUGCAGUGCAGUAUUGCCAUCAGAGAAGAAUAGUACACAGGGAUCUAAAGGCUGAGAAUUUAUUGCUGGAUGCUGAUAUGAACAUCAAGAUAGCAGACUUUGGCUUCAGCAACGAGUUCACUGUGGGCAGCAAACUGGACACUUUCUGUGGCUCUCCACCGUAUGCAGCUCCUGAACUCUUUCAGGGAAAAAAAUAUGAUGGUCCUGAAGUGGACGUCUGGAGUCUUGGUGUUAUCCUCUACACACUGGUCAGCGGAUCACUGCCUUUUGACGGACAGAACCUAAAGGAACUUCGGGAGCGGGUUCUACGAGGAAAGUACCGCAUUCCUUUUUACAUGUCCACAGACUGUGAAAACCUGCUGAAGAAACUCCUUGUGCUCAACCCCGUCAAACGAGGCAGUUUAGAGCAAAUCAUGAAAGACCACUGGAUGAAUGUGGGUCACGAUGAUGAAGAGCUCAAACCCUACAUCGAGCCAGAGUCUGAUUUCAACGAUUCGUCCAGAAUAGAGCUCAUGGUGACCAUGGGUUUCCCUAAAGAAGAGAUCACAGACUCACUACAAAACCAGAAGUACGACGACGUCAUGGCUACAUACCUGCUGCUAGGCCGAAAAGCUCCAGAGUUUGAGGGCAACGAGCCGCUGACCAACAGUAUCCUGGGCCAGCGUCAGCGGCCGACCAGCGACAUUAACAACAGCGCCAGCAUUUCCCCUGCCCAUCCCAAGGUCACGCGCAGCAUAUCGGCCAAUCAGAAGCAGCGCCGCUACAGUGAUCAUGGUGGGGAUGAUGAUGGUGGUGGUGGUGGUGGUGGUGGUGUCGUAGAGAAGCCAAUGGGUCCGUCGGUACCACCAGCAGUGUCAUACUCUAAGCGUAAUCAGGCCCUGAGCGUAGAAAGUGACCACAGAGAAGAGUGGGAUGGAGCUCGCCGGCUCGAGCUCAGCACUUCAAAAGGAGACGUUCCUGCUUCGCCGUUGGGGGUGCAGGAGAGGAAGAAAACUUCGAGUGCUGUGGGGACCAAUGGUUCAAUGACCCGCAGGAACACCUAUGUGUGUGAACGAACCUCCACUGAUCGCUAUUCAGCUAUUCCCAAUGGCAAAGACAGCAGUUUAACAGAAGUGUCAGGCAGCACGCCCUCCACUGCACUGAGCUCUACACGACCCCGUCACACUAAGUCCAUGUCAGCGUCGGGCCAUCCUUCAAAAAGCACGCUGCCCCCCAUCGACGACAACACGGAGCUGAAAGCUAGCUCCUCUCCACGGGAUCCAUCCAAUUCUCCAUCUGUGCACAGUAUUAGCACCCCCGAGAAGAACCGCUUCCCCCGCGGAACAACCAGCCGCAGCACCUUUCACGGAGCUCAGCUCAGAGACCGCCGCAGUGCUACGUACAAUGGGCCCCCCGCCUCGCCCACGCUGUCCCACGACACGGGGGCUCUCGCUCAGCAGCGCAGGGGGACGUCCACGGGAAUCAUCAGCAAGAUCACCUCAAAGUUUGUCCGCAGAGCUAUGUCUUUCAGGUCGACCCGGAGGGUGCCCAGUGAGGGCGAGGCCAGUGCCAGGACUGAAACACCAAGGAGUGCAUCUGGCGAAACCAAGGAUGAUGCCGGUCGUGACUCCAAGCCCCGCUCGCUGCGUUUCACCUGGAGUAUGAAGACCACUUCCUCCAUGGACCCCGCGGACAUGAUGCGGGAGAUCCGUAAGGUCCUGGACGCCAACAGCUGCGACUACGAGCAGCGCGAGCGCUUCCUGCUCUUCUGCGUUCACGGCGACGCGCGCCAGGACAAUCUAGUCCAGUGGGAGAUGGAGGUGUGCAAGCUGCCCCGCCUUUCGCUCAACGGCGUACGCUUCAAGAGGAUAUCGGGCACGUCCAUCGCCUUUAAGAACAUCGCCUGCAAAAUUGCCAACGAGCUCAAACUGUGACGGCAGAUGGAACACCGCCCGGGCCUUCGGGUGAGCUCUGGUUACACUCUCAUCCCAUCACUGGAUUAGUGUUGACUCAUAGGACAAAAUCAGCACUGAAGCCCCAGCACAACACCACCGUGCAGAAUCAAGGUGGAUCGGGCUGGCUAACGUGCAGCACUGGCCCACGAAUGUACUGUACAGGGUAGGGUGACUCGGACAGAUAGCAAAAACCAACUAACCUAGCCUUUUUUUUCCCUCUUCUCUCCCCACCAACGCCGUCUCCCGAUCAGCCUGCUGCUCCACGUUAAAGGACGCAGUUAUAUAACACAUGCAGUAUGCAACUGAAGAUGACCAUUCGGCAAUAAGUUUUCAGUCUGUUCGAAAUACUUUGAGAUCUGCUCUCCUUGCUGAAUAACCAUUAAAAUUACUGCAAGCUAAAGCUAACCGCUUUUCCACCUAUGUUAAGGCAGUAUAUAGAUCAGGCUGGAGCUCGUACUAAAACUAUGUAAAAAAGAAAAAAAAAAAAAGAAUUGUACUGUAUGCAUAACAUCUGCAGGUACUGUACUGUAUAUUAACUUUUAGUUCUGUACAGAAUUUUAUUGUUAAUACUGUCUUUUUUUUUCCAUGGGAUUGAGUUAUUUCCUUCUCCGAAUCAUGUCUCUUAGAGCAUUCCCCUUUCUGUCUGAUAUUGAUUUUAUCCUUUUUUUUUCUUGUUUUGUAAGAACCACCAUUUGAAAAUAGUGUUUUUCAGUUUUAUUUAAAGAGGACUAAAUUAUUUUGUGGAUAAUGAAGGGACGCGAUGUUCCCUUGCCUUUUUGUGUUAUGUUUGCCUAUGGAGAAAAAAAAAAAAA